UAAUUUUGAAAAAUAAAAUGCGGUGAAGGUGGAUCGAACACCUGACCUUCAGAUCUUCAGUCUGACGCUCUCCCAACUGAGCUAUCCCCGCUUGACGAAUAGUUGUUGAAGCAUUUCUAUAUUAUAGGUUUAGCGAAAGGAUUCAUAUUUACCUUCUGGUUACCAUAGUUUGUUGUUCCCCGGCCUUCGGCAACCGCAAUGGAUGUGGACAAACGGACUACCACCAUAUGCACAGUCGUCGCCAUUGAUCACACCGCCUUGUAUUACACAGUGUGUUCCUUCUGUGAGAGAACUCUCCCCGAAACCAACACCGCGCCGCCGUCCGUAACUUACUGUGAUCACUGCAAUUUCACUAGAAAUACUAGUACUGUUCCUCACCGCGGCGGCGGCGGCUCUACUUCUAAACGCUUAUUUCGCGUCCUCAUGUCCGUAGCGACAGAGACGAAGGUGUUUGAGGUGGUUAUGUUUGACAGGGCUGCUAGGGUUCUCUUUGGUUGCUCUGCUCAAGAUUUCGUUGAUUUCGCCAAGCUUCAUCCCUUUUCCGGUGAGACUGCAAGUAAGAUUCUGGAGGGAGAGAUGUUAAAGGUGACACUUUCAAAACCCAAGAAUGGCAAUGCACAACAUCAACGAGUUGUAUCAGUUGUUCCUUUGAAAUCUGGGUUUCAUCCUGCAAUGGAUACAUUGAGGGAAUUACACGGAUGUGUUUGAUUUGAACAUAUCCAGCAAGAUGAGCAAGGUCAUGAACUGAAGCACCUGAAUCCCCAAGAACUUGGAGCUUUAAUGGCUUUUCAACAAUUCUGGAACCCGUAAUGCUGACUGAAGAAGAAUCGGAUAUGUUUGGCUUAAUGAUGUUAAGAUCGAGUUUUGGGUUCAAAUUCAACUCCUUAAUGAGUUCAUAUCCUGUUCUUGAGGAAGGAUCAUGUAUCUGAGAUGCAAAAGAUGCGAAGGGAGAAUGACUGAUAAGGAAAAUGAGAAUAAGGUAAAUGACAAGAUCCAUUGUGGUUAAAUCUUGCCUUGUGUUUAUGUUUAUGUGAAGGGGUAUGGGUUUUGGAGAUUUAUAUAGGGUUUAAGAUAGAUUUCUACACGAAAUCCCAAUUGCACACGAUUAGUUUUAGUUUCUAAUUUCUAUAUUUGAAGAUUCAUUGCUAA